AUGGACGCUCCCCCCUUCACCAGGGACAAACUGGUGAAGGGGGAGCUGACCUUGAGCUGCUUUGAGAAUGUGGAAAAAUAUGGAGGGGUACUCUUCAUCACCAAGGUCCCCCAAGUCUGUGGGGUCAGAGUUCAACUUGAGAUGCAGGCACUGUGGCGGCAGUUUGACCAGCUGGGCACAGAAAUGAUAGUUACAAAAUCUGGACGGAGGAUGUUUCCAACAUUUCAGGUGAGAAUCUCUGGAAUGGAUCCUUCAGCCGAGUAUGUUCUGCUCAUGGACUUCAUCCCUGUUGAUGACAAGAGAUACAGAUAUGCAUUCCACAACUCCUCAUGGUUGGUAGCAGGGCGAGCAGAUGUUGCAGCUCCGAGCAGAAUGCAUUUCCACCCAGACUCACCGGCCCCUGGAGCCCAGUGGAUGAAGCAGACAGUAUCGUUUGACACUCUCAAGCUCACCAACAACCUGCUGGAUGACAAUGGACAUAUGAUUCUGAACUCCAUGCACCGUUACCAGCCACGGUUCCAUGUAGUGUAUGUGGACCCAGAACCCAACAGUCAUUUAAACGCCUACAAGAACUUUUGCUCUUUCUCCUUCCCUGAGACACGGUUCAUGGCCGUCACCGCCUAUCAGAACCACAGGAUAACUCAGUUGAAAAUUGCAAGCAACCCAUUUGCUAAAGGCUUCAGGACCACAGACCCACAAGCAUGGGAAGGUACCGCAAGCUCUCUUGCAGUAUCCUGUCCACCAGAUGGCGGUGAAGAGCCUCUCGUCCCUAAACCUAAAGAUCAGUGUCGUUCAAAGCCUUCAGCCGGACAGACAAGUUCAUCCUCUGCGCUGUUGCAGGAGUGUGAGCUGCCUUACCAAAAGGAGGAUUCUGUGGAAGUCACCAUGGAGAGCAAAGAUGAUAACAGUUUAACAACAUCUGCACAUUUCCUCCAUAUCCCUGUAUACUGGGAUUGCACUGUAUCAUCUCACUAGAAAGUCAAGCUGUUGCAAAGCAAGCAAACAAAAACCAAUUGUUCCAAUUAGCCCCUUAACAUCUGGCUUCUUUCCUUCUUAUAUUUAUGUAUAUAGUUUACUUGCGGUAGUUCUAUUUACUGGGCUCCAUUACAGACCCUUUAAAUUACUUAUUAAACCCUAAGAAAACAAGUUGUCAGGGGUGGCAUUGUGACAUAAAUUAUUGAUGAUGUCACUGAAAGUACUCAGGAGCCACAGAACAGAGGUUUAUGUCAUUAUGACAAUAACAUAACAGACAAUAAAAUCAGCUAAUACAGUGCUUCUCAAGAGUAUACACACCCACCUCUUAAUUUACAAUUUUUAUUUAUUUAUUUUUUUUGCUGAAAACAGGAAUAAAUGAUAAAUUAUUCCAAAUGCCUUUUCACAUCUAAUUUAUUAUUGGUGUGGAAUUUAUUUGUUGUUAUUAUCAAAAUAACAACAUAUAAAUGUUCUGGACUACUAUAUUUAAUUUGACACCAAAUUCACUUAAAGUAAGCUCAUUGUCACUGUGAGAGAAGACAGACAUCAGUAUUAAUAUGUGUGUGUAAUACAGCAUUUUAACACCAAUAAAAACAAUUAAUGCAUGGGUAUACGUCCUGAUUUUGCUUACAAGCAUGUCAUAAUAAUAUUAAAUAUGAAACAUGUAUUCCUUUAAAACUAUAGAGAGGAUGAAUGGAAGUCAGGCUAAAAACUUCAUUAUCCAUGAUACGUUUCUUGGAAGGGAGGGGAGAACUGAAAAACGAUUUUGCUUUCAAAAUAAAAUACAACAAAUGUUUAGCAAUUUUCUUUUACAAUGUUACGGUGUAGCAAUUUAGAUGUUUCAUUUGUUAAUGGAAAAGUGGAAUUAUUGCCAAUAUGUUUUAUUGGGUAUUGUAUCAGCAGUCAAUAAUAGCUUAAUAUUUUCUUUCCUCCUGUUUGCCAUAUUUUGGGGGUCUAUUCAUUGUCUAUUGUAUGGGCCAAUAGACAUAAUUUAAUUUGGGGGAAUUUGAUUAUCAUUCCUCACCACAGCUAUUAAUCCUCUGUCAUCCAUA